AUUUGUUCCUCUAAGAUGAUGAUGUUUCAACAAACGCGGUCCCUUUCUUCGAAGUUUCUUGUUGUCUUAUGUGUUUUCACUCUCGAUACCUUAUUAGUAUCGACAGCUCCAAUAUCCGUCAUUGAUUUUCCUCUUCUCAGACAAAAGAUCAAAUCUAAGCAUGAUAUUACCGUUGAUAUAAAUGGAGGUGGCGAAUUCACAUCAGUUCAGAAAGCGGUUGAUUCUAUUCCUGCCGGGAAUACUGAAUGGUACACCAUCAACGUUAAAAAGGGGGUUUAUAAAGAAACUGUUCAUAUACCAACCAACAAACCUUAUAUAUUCAUGAGAGGAAAUGGUAAAGGAAGAACACAUAUUGUCUCUUCUCAAAGCUCUAGCAAUAAUUUCCAAUCUGCCACCUUCAUUGUUGAAGCUCCAAAUUUUGUAGCUUUUGGAAUGAGCUUUAAGAACAACGCCCCAACAGGGCUUGCGUUCACGUCACAAAACCAGUCGGUGGCUGUCAUUGCCGCAGGCGAUAAGGCUGCAUUUUAUCAUUGUGGGUUUUUUAGUAACCAUAAUACUCUAUUCGAUUACAAAGGCAGGCAUUAUUACGAUAGUUGCUACAUUCAAGGCUCCAUCGAUUUCAUCUUUGGACGUGGUCAAUCAAUAUACCACGAUUGUGAAUUGUUUGUGAUAAUAGAUAGAAGAGUGGAGGUUCUUGGAUCAAUAACUGCUCAAAGUAGAGAAAAUGCAGAUGGGACGAGUGGAUUUAUAUUUGAUGGAGGAAAAGUAUAUGGAAUAGGUGAAGUGUAUUUGGGUAGACCUAAAGGAGCAUAUUCUAGGGUUCUUUUUGCAAAUACUUAUAUUUCAAGGACUAUUACUCCACAAGGAUGGACUACAUGGAGAUAUGAAGGCCCUACCGAAAAUCUAUUUCAAGCCGAAUACAAAUGUCAUGGACCGGGAGCGAACAUUUCGAGUAGGGCUGCGUGGUCGAAACAACUUACCGAUGCGGAGGCUAAUCUUUUGACCUCCAUAGAUUUCAUCAAUGGAAAGGAUUGGCUACCGGCCUGGCUGUGAAAGCAUAAAUAGGAGUAGAAGAUGUUCGUUCAACAA